AGUGUAUAAUUUUUAGCAUGAAAACUUAAUUAUACUGAACUUCAACAACUCAAAUUAUCUUGUUUUACACUCACGUAUUGUUGAUUGAGGAAAUUUUAUGCUUUAGUUUAUUUAUUAUCCGUUAUGUGGCGCUAGCUAUCUGCUACGCUGUCAUAUUAAGUAAUUUUGAUUUUAACGAAAGUGCAUUAAUAAAAUGUUUUGGAAUUAAGAUGUAUUCAUAGUAGUUAUCUCAAAGCGUCAGUUCCAGAAGAAUUUCUAUAUUUGAAUGUGAUAUGAGUGAUUCCUUAUGAUGAAGCAAAAAUACUUGUGCUGUGUUUGUUUUUUGGUUUUUCUCGCUUGCAGAGAAACAAAUUGUAAAGAACCACCAAAAAUAACUCCAAUGAAUUUUAACCCAUUGAUUUACGUUGGAGGCAAAGCUUCUGUCGCUUGUGUAAGUGGAGGAACAACUCCAAUAAAGUUUUCAUGGCUUAAAAAUCAUAAAGUAAUUAUUUCUGAUUUAUCCAACUUUAAAGUUUCAAGCUUGAAUGAUGCCAGCAUCCUCAGCAUAGAGCCGGUAACUUUAGAUGAUGCUGGAAAUUACUCUUGCAUCGCUAUAAAUGCAUUUGGAAAUGAUUCGGCUACAGCAACUCUGGUUGUCGAAGCUCCCCUGCGUUGGUUAAAAGAACCAUUCGAUGUUGAAGUUACUGAGGGCUCUGAGGCUCACUUAGUUUGUGUUGCCAGUGGAUCUCCUCAACCUCACUACACAUGGACAAAAAUAGAAGAAAAUAAUAACGUGAAAAGGAUGAUAAUCAACUCAGUGGAUGGCCGUCUCCAUUUUAAAGAGACGAAAAUAAGUGAUGCCGGUACUUAUACUUGCAGAGUACAAAACGGUGUUGGUGAGCAUCUUGAAAAAUCAGCAAAAGUUGUAGUCCACGGUAAGAUGAUGUGAGAAAGGCAAUGCCCUUUGAUCAACGAUGCUAUUUAAAUUUUGUUUGCUGUAGGCAUUUAUGCAUUUUAUGUAAACAACCAUAUUUUUUAAUUAUUUAUGCAGUUAUUUUUUGACGAUAAGGGGGGCUUCUUAUAAAUCAACAAUAAUCCGAACACUCCCUUUCGAACAGUUGUAUACAUGCUUGUGUCUUCUUUCAUAUGCAUAAAUAUAGGUUUUGUUCCCUUUUAUAGAAUCAUUUUUUAGAAUGUCGAACUGCAGUAAGAAGCAGCUGUUUUCAAAGUUUUAUAUAAAUGAAUAUGUGUGUACAUUUUUCAAUAUGCAAAGUUUACUUUAAUGAACUCAUU